UCAUCUUAUAUUCAGGUGUGCAGUUUUUCGAGAAUUGACGCGUAUUUUUUGGAUUUAAAUCCGUGGUGAAAUGCGGAAACCUCAUCGAGUUGUGCUCAGCAUGUGCGCCAAUGUCAUGCUGCUGAAUUUGUUCUCCGCUGACGGCAGGUCUGUGCCUGCUGCCGAUUCCUCGCCUCAAUUAGUCCGAAGAAUGUCUAGCAGCAGCAGCGAAUCCUUUUCGGUGAAGAAUCCUCCUCUCGAACCCGUCAUCGAUAAGGUCCGAGUGGAAACAGGUGUAGUGAAAAUGCUUGAACUCGACGGGCCUUCCCACGGGCCUUGCACUUGCGGAAGUGACCCAUCGUCGUUUCCGGACUACUUGGACGAGUUGUGCGCAAUGUCGUGCAUCGAUCAAAUGGCACCUGGGCUGGAGCUUUGGGGGGUUUGCGUGACAGUCAUUGGGCAGAUGCUGAAUUGUCAGUGUUAUUACGUGGAGGACCAGGGAGGCGCCAAUGAUUCGUGCUAAUUUUGAUUGAAUAUAUUGCCUUGUUUUUUUUUUUUUUACAUGAGACUCUUUUUUGCCGA